AUGCCUCGCUCAAGACGCCGAUAUAUCAGACUUGAAGUCAUUAACGGAAAGAAUCUUCGAGUCCCCUCCUCCCGGAUUCCCGCUGGCAUCUACAUAUCCAUCAAUGUCAACUCCUGGAGAUACUGGAAAUCGGCCAUCAGUGUUUUAUCGUCUGAUGAAUCCGUAGUGUGGAGAGAUACUGUGACUCUAUCAUCACAUUCCUCACCUGCGUUAUCGGUGGAGAUCAGGGCAUCCUAUGAACUUGGUCGAAUGCUAGGCGGUGGAGAGGUCAUUGGGAAACUUGAAAUGUCGUGGGAUGAGCUACUCGAUCAUGGAGAUGAACCAUUCGAUCUAUACUUCCUGCCUGUGCACGGCGUCCACCCUUCUCUCAUGCUGAAGGCUGCCGUUGUAUAUUCAUGCGACAAUCAAAACGGCGUACUGUCUGGUUCUCUCGUAGAACGCGAUAUUGCACACGACACAGAUGCGGGCCACGCACAUCUCACCAAAUACGUGACGAGCAAGACAGUCUCUCACCUGAACCAUGCUAUGCAGCGUUUUCAGCUGGUUCUGGACCAGCGUCCGGUCAGCCAUCCGGAUCACGCAACUGCUCUCACCAACCUUGCGUAUGCGCGCCUUGAAGGCUGUGUCGAAAACCAUCUUCAAGACAUUGAUACCACCACUUCCCUCUUCCGCGAAGCCCUUGCAUUGCGUCCGCAGCGCCAUCCAGAUCAUCCCUUAUCUCUAUAUAAUCUCACCCUAGCCCUAACAUGGCGCCACAACAAGAAACGUACUGCUGCCGACAUCCGCGAAGUCGCCCAACUCUAUCAUGAGCUACUGCCUCUCUGCCCAGAAGGCACCUACCUUUGUAGCAUCGCGGCAGGGUCAAAUGGUGUCGAUUGUGUGAUCCGUAGAUGCAACAAUCUUCCAAUAGACGCAUCUGAUGAAGACGUCCACCUUCGAAGAGUCGUCCUCGAGCUCUGUCCUCUGUAUCAUCAACACCGUCCAAGAGCACUUGACAAUCUUUCAUGGGCUCUCACAUUACGUUUUGCACAAUACGGCAAUAUUGAAGAUUUAGAUGAAGGCAUACAAUUUCGUCGUGAAGCCGUGUCUCUGUGCCCCGAGGGACAUGUUGGUCGUGAUUAUUACCUUAACAACUUGGCCUUCUCACUCGUGGCCCGCUUCGACCACCAAGGCAAACCUACUGACCUCAAUGAGGCCAUCUCUUUCUACAAAGAAGCGCUGUGCCUGCGCCCCGUCGGGCAUGAAUUUCGUGAUACUUCAUUGGAUAACCUAGGGGGUGCCCUCCUCACCCGUUUCUACAAACACGGCGACAUUGAUGACACCACCCGAGCCAUCAGCCUAUAUCGCGAGGCACUGACAUUAUGCCUACCUGGACAUCCACGUCGUGACACCACGCUUGGCAACCUUGCCAGUGCGCUCAAAACCAGAUAUGAUAAAUCACAUGUCAGUGAGGAUCUUAACGAGGCCAUUGUUUGGUAUCGCGAAUCCCUUCGGUUAAAGCUGCUUGACCAUCCAGAGCGCCAUAUUGUUGAGGAGGCCAUUACUCUUUGCCAAGAAUCAUUGGAGGCUCUGUCUUCACUCCACCCGUCCAUGUUUUUCAGCUAUACGCGGCUGAAGGAUGCUUAUUUGUCUCGUUACCAGAUUCAACACGACCCUGCAGAUCUGUCGCUCGCUAUAAAGAACUUCAGACUCGCAUCAAGACAUCCCACUCAAGGUUUCCCAGGACGCAUCAUUCUGACAUAUAAUUGGACCGUUGCAGCGGAGCAGCAUGGUCAUGGAUCCGCACUGGAGGCCUACUCGACAUUUUUUGAGCUUCUGGAUGCUCAUUUGGCAACACGAUCACUACUCUCCGUAGAUGCAGCAUCAUGUGCCAUCUACUACGAGAAUCUACGAUGCGCAGUGGAACUGGUAGAGCAGGGCCGUGGCCAGCAAUGGUCACUGGCAUCUCGACUCAGGACUCCAGUUGAAGAUCUCGAGUCAGCAAAUCCGAAACUGGCGCACAAUUAUUUGGAGCUGAGCAAGUGUAUUUCCAAUAUCGCCCAGAAUUCUGCAACCAUCAUCAACAGCGCUGCUGCUGACCAGGCAGCAACAGAGUAUAGGAGGCUUACAAGGCAAUGGGAAGCUGCGGUAGCUGAGAUACGUAACCUUCGGGCAUUCUCGCGGUUCCUGCUCCCACCUUCAUACAAAGACCUGCAAGCAGCAGCGUGCCAGGGCCCGGUCAUCAUCCUCAUUGCAAGUGAAUACUCUUGCAGCGCCAUCAUCGUCCCGACAUCAGGAGACCCCCAUCAUGUUCCCUUUCCGUCUGUCACUCUCGCAGAUCUCAAUAAUCUCAAAGAUCGCUUCACCAGGGCAAUACGACAAGCAUCUCGGAUGAACCCAGCGGAGUCGAGGACGGAUCUAAUAGUACUCUCGCGGAUAAUAUGGGACGAGAUCAUGCUACCCAUCGUCAACGUACUCCAGCAUGCUCUCAAACUACGGCGCUACUCUCGAAUAUGGCUGUGUCCAACUGUAGCUUUCACAUCCAUUCCUCUCCACGCAGCUAAUCCCUUUCUAACAAAGGCAGAUCGCUCUGGGAAGGAGCCAUGCCUGGAAGAUCUCUACAUCUGCUCUUACACACCGACACUUUCGGCCCUGGUCAGAUCUAGACAGUUGAUGAAGAAGCGUGUGCCUCCGUCCUUCGUGACGAUUGGACAGGGUCAACCGGGUGCAGGGAAAGGCAAGGCGCUCUUGGCUGUCGACAGCGAGCUCGAGCUUCCACACGAACAGGUGCACUCGAAGCUUUGCAGCAGAACAACUGGCAAGCAGGACCGUACACAGCCUUACGAUUCGCAUUUCGUCAUGAGAGACGAACAUCUGACGCUGCUCGAUAUCAUGGAGAGAGAUAUUCCGCACGCUGAAUUCGCGUUCUUAUCUGCGUGUCAUACCGCUGUCGGCGAUGAGGAGACGCCCGAAGAAGUGAUUCACCUCGCAGCCGGUCUCCAGUUUUCAGGGUUCAAGAGCGUCGUUGGCACGCUGUGGGAAGUCGACGAUUCUGUCGCAAAGCAUGUCGUUGAAUCUUUCUACAAAUAUAUGUUCAAUCUGGAGGACGGUGUCAUGGACUGUACGAAGGCGGCCUGGGCACUCAACUGUGCUACGCACGCCGUGAAGACGAAAGUGCCACUCGAGCAGAGGAUGGUUUUCAUUCAUAUUGGUGUGUAGUUCUA